CGUUCAUGGCCCCUCCGGACUCGGCCCCUGCGCCGGGGGCCCGGGCCCAGCCCCGCCGCGCUAUGCCUGAGUCGGGCGCGCCCCGGCCCGUGCCCCGCCGCCGCCCCCCGGCCCCCACGUCGCCCCGGAGCCCGGGCCGCAGCCUGCACCGCCCGCAGCUGCCCUGAGCCCGGCCCCGCCGACCGGCCCUUGGAGACCGAACGCUGCUCGGGGACGAAGGCGCAGGAAGCGCACGGGGAACGAGACCGAAGGAAGGAGCGGGAAGGAGAGCGCAGCCGCCGCCCGGCCCUGCGCGCCCCGGGAGCGCCGUGCGGCCCUGCCCGCGGGCUCCGGGUGUGCGCGGGGCGGCGCCGCGGAACAUGACGGCGCCCUGGGCGGCCCUCGCCCUCCUCUGGGGAUCGCUGUGCGCGGGCUCUGGGCGUGGGGAGGCUGAGACACGGGAGUGCAUCUACUACAACGCCAACUGGGAGCUGGAGCGCACCAACCAGAGCGGCCUGGAGCACUGCGAGGGCGAGCAGGACAAGCGGCUGCACUGCUACGCCUCGUGGCGCAACAGCUCUGGCACCAUCGAGCUCGUGAAGAAGGGCUGCUGGCUGGACGACUUCAACUGCUACGAUAGGCAGGAGUGUGUGGCCACUGAGGAGAACCCCCAGGUGUACUUCUGCUGCUGUGAAGGCAACUUCUGCAACGAGCGCUUCACUCAUUUGCCAGAGGCUGGGGGCCCAGAAGUCACGUACGAGCCACCCUCGACAGCCCCCACCUUGCUAACGGUGCUGGCCUACUCACUGCUGCCCGUCGGGGGCCUUUCCCUCAUUGUCCUACUGGCUUUCUGGAUAUACCGGCAUCGCAAGCCCCCCUACGGCCACGUAGACAUCCAUGAGGACCCUGGGCCUCCACCCCCAUCCCCUCUGGUGGGCCUGAAGCCACUGCAGCUGCUGGAGAUCAAGGCUCGGGGGCGCUUUGGCUGUGUCUGGAAGGCCCAGCUCAUGAACGACUUUGUAGCUGUCAAGAUCUUUCCACUCCAGGACAAGAAGUCGUGGCAGAGUGAACGGGAGAUCUUCAGCACACCUGGCAUGAAGCACGAGAACCUGCUACAGUUCAUUGCUGCGGAGAAGCGAGGCUCCAACCUUGAAGUAGAGCUGUGGCUCAUCACGGCCUUCCAUGACAAGGGCUCCCUCACAGAUUACCUCAAGGGGAACAUCGUCACAUGGAACGAACUGUGUCACGUAGCAGAGACAAUGUCACGAGGCCUGUCAUACCUGCAUGAGGACGUGCCCUGGUGCCGUGGUGAGGGCCACAAGCCGUCUAUUGCCCACAGGGACUUUAAAAGCAAGAAUGUAUUGCUGAAGAGCGACCUCACAGCCGUGCUGGCUGACUUUGGCCUGGCUGUUCGAUUUGAGCCAGGGAAACCUCCAGGGGAUACCCACGGACAGGUAGGUACGAGACGGUACAUGGCUCCUGAGGUGCUCGAGGGAGCCAUCAACUUCCAGAGAGAUGCCUUCCUGCGCAUUGACAUGUAUGCCAUGGGGCUGGUGCUGUGGGAGCUGGUGUCUCGCUGCAAGGCUGCAGAUGGACCUGUGGAUGAGUACAUGCUGCCCUUUGAGGAAGAAAUUGGCCAGCACCCUUCAUUGGAGGAGCUGCAGGAGGUGGUGGUGCACAAGAAGAUGAGGCCCACCAUUAAGGAUCACUGGUUGAAACAUCCGGGCCUGGCCCAGCUCUGUGUGACCAUCGAGGAAUGCUGGGACCAUGAUGCAGAGGCGCGCUUGUCCGCGGGCUGUGUGGAGGAGCGGGUGUCCCUGAUUCGGAGGUCGGUCAACGGCAAGCUCGUUUCCCUGGUGACCUCUGUCACCACGGUGGACCUGCCCAUAAAGAAUCAAGCAUCUAAGCCCAGGACGCGAGUGUCUGUCCAAACUCAGUGGAUCUGAAGAAAAAAGGAAAAAAAAGUUGUGUUUUGUUUUGGAAAUCCCAUAAAACCAACAAACACAUAAAAUGCAGCUGCUAUUUUACCUUGACUUUUUAUUAUUAUUAUUAUAAUUAUUAUAAUUAUUAUUAUUAAUAUUAUUUUUUGGAUUGGAUCAGUUUUUACCAGCGUAUUGCUCUACUGUAUCACAAACAGCGGACACGUCAGCAGGCGUUGAGGUGCUGAGCUGUGAAUGCAGAACCAGUGCCGUGCUGAAGAGCCUCAGCCACCUCGUGUCCCUUGGGAUUCAUUUUUCCCGCUUUCUCUUUGUUCGUCGUCUCAGUAUCUGUGACACAAAGAAACCCAUCUCCUGUCUUAGGAAACCUAAUGCUGCAAACUCUACCUAGAGGAACCUUUGAAGACUGUUACAUAAGAACAUACCUUCCUCAGAAGAGGAGUUUCCUCUGCCCUCUGCCCUCCUCCCCUCCCUCUUCCCUACCCUCCCUUUCAUUUUGUUUUAGUGAGCUUAAGAAACAGCAGAUGCGUCUUUCACGGAUCUAACGGGUGUUGUCCUGAGCGAGAAGAAAACUGGGAUGAGAAUGGUUUGGACUGGAGUUGGAAGGGGAGGACAGUGCUGGGGUAGGGUUUGGGACAGAGCUACACUGGACUCGGGCACAUUUGGAGCAGCAUCCUUUGCUAUGGAGGCUACUUCUCAGGUAACCAGGAAUCGAGGGGAAGGACCUUGUGGAGGCCGAGCAUUAGCAGUCAGAGCGGGGUUUGGAGAAAGCCUGAGACUCGGGGCAGCCCUGACUUAUCUGCUGGCCCUGACCAGUUUCUUUUCACUAACUUGGCCUUGGGCAUAGGAUGAAACAUUUUUUUUCUGCCCUAAUUUUAAAAUUAGGUGAGGGUAGAAUCAUCACAAUGUAGUGAAUACAUUCUUCAUGAGACACAAUGCUGUAAAUACCCUUGAUGAAGGAAAAGCUGAAAUACUUUUGUUUCCUCUUGGAGCAGUUCAGGGAAAUGCCCACAGGGGGUCACCCCGCACAGACAGGGCAAGAGGAUUCCUGGGUGGAGUCUGCCAAGGCCUGUCUGUCUGGAGACCCCAGAGUCCUGCAGUUCUGGUUCCACCCCAGGUGGUGACAUUACUGUCCCCUUUCUGUGGCUUGUGGACAAGAUUUUCUCCAGACCCCUUAAAGUGGUACAUAUUCUAAAAAACGGUUUUUCUAUUAUGCCAUACUUUGCUCUAGUCAGUGAAUGUUCCUAAUGCUGCUGUUUCAACAUUGGAUUUUUUCUUUAAUUUAUGAAACAUGCUAAUUUUUUGUUUUUCAAACAAAACACACAUCCACAUAUACACAUGCUUUGUUAUGUGGCUUCCAAGGUUUAAAUUUUGAAAAGUAAAAGAAUUAAAACUUCACGACCACAGAUCACCUCAAACCAGAAAUACCUCAGAAUUUUCUACCUGUGUAAGGUUUAUUAUAUAUUUUGUUAGUUGUGUUGUCUUGUAGUGAGUAUAUUUUAAUGUAAGUUGGCUUUUAUGACAAGGAAGUUUAAAAGAAAUAGAGAAAAAGAAACAAGUUUGCAUCUUUUAGGAAGUGCUACCAUUUUUGUUGGAGAACGCCCUCUUGUAAAUAGUUGCCAUCAGCUGUAGGUUGGCUGUCCGGGCCAAGCCUGGGCAUUCAUCAGUCUUGUUUGUGAAGGCUUUUCCUAAUGGUUUCUUUAGAUCAUUUUAUUUAAAAGUAGUCCAUCUCUUCAUCCUGAGGGUAGGCUAGGUGGGGGCCAUGGGGAGAGGUUGACCUGGUGAGAACUGAAAAGGCCUCCCCCACUUGGGUUGUUGGGAGCUUCACAUGUAAUACAUGUGAUCGGUCAGUGUUCAGAAUGACAGGUAACUCCACUUAAACUUGGUAGAAGGAUGGCCCUUAGACCUGCAUGGGGUGAUUUUACUUGAGAUUUGACUUCUUCAGCAAAUUAGCAGCAACGUUGGAAGAGAUGUGUGGCGACUCUGUGAAGCACACCGUGGCUCGGGCCAGUCGUCUAGCGCAGCGUGUCUGGGAGUGAAGGGUUUCGCCCUGGCGGGUCUUGGAGUCCAUAGUAUUGGGGGGACUGUACACGCCAGGUCAUCUACCUGCCAUGCUCUGUGCAAGGUCUGGGGCUUGCUGCCCCAGGCCCUUUCCUGGGUGUUGGGGCACAGGGGGCUGUGUGAGGCCCAUUUGCUUCCCUCUCAGAGCUCAGUUUUUGCUUCAUGGGUCAAAACGUGGGCUGGCCAAGUAGUUACAGGAACAGGGUUUUGGUAAGCUAUGUUGUCUUUUUUUUUUUUUUUUUUUUAAUGGUUUGAUUUUGUGCUGUGGUAUUUUUCUUCCCUUGGAAUAAUUUUUAAUGGCAAAACAGGCCUUACAGCAGUUGCUUUUCUUUUCCACUUAUUUCAUUAAGAAGCUUUAAAUAUUGAUUGAAAAGUGCCAUAUCUAAUUUCUUCAGCUUUCUCCUCAGGCACUGCCAGCAUCUUUACUUUUCAUCCUCAGAAGAAACAAACCACUAACAAAUGUAGCAAAUUCACUGCAGGAGAAGUCAGAUGUGAUACUGCCUGAACACUAAACCCCAGCCUCGGUUCGGUUUUGCUUCCUCUGGGGGGUUUUUCUUUUGGGUGCUGGCUUGAUUCUUGUGAGAAGUUCUAACCUGGCCAAGCAAGGGUUGAGCCAUGGUUCUGGUGUGGGACUUUGUGGUCGGGACACGGUACAGACAGGUCAGGCCUGCAUGCCUUUUCCCUGGGUGGCCUCCCUGUAGGCCCACCCCACACUCGGCCACUGUGGUGUCCCUGUGGGGCUUUGCCAUCAGAUGGUGUGUCAGGAGAUGGAGCCUGUUUGGUGUGGCUGGGGAGGGGGCAGUCCAUACCAGUUCUCUGGGCUUUAGGCUGCUCUUCCCCUCACUCGUGGUGUAGGGUGCACCCAUCAGGCAGUGUAUCUGGCUGCUGAUGGCAAGAAGAAGGUGGGGGAUCUUCUUACAGGGCAUGGCUCUUGGAGCACAGGUGGGCCUUUUGCUCCAGGUAAAAUGAUUGUUCGCUGUCGUGUGUUCUUUGAGGAGCAAGCCAUCUGGAGCUCUACUUUUGAGUUUACUCGGCCAUAGAGCCUCUGCCUGUGCUCUUUUCCAUAAAGACUUCAUGUGACCUGCACUUUUGGGGAGCUCAGAUAAUUGCUUUCUUUUUGUUUUUGACCUCAGGCUCUGUGAAAGACUGGGGAAAUGGGGCCUGGUAUCAUUUUCCCUGUCAGUGGAAGGGGCUGUUCCAUGCAGGGUGGGAGGGGACCAAGUUAGCAGAGUAUAGCCAAGGAUCCUUGCUUCUUCCUUUCUAGUGUGCUAUCAUCGAAGCAGUCUCCUGACUGUAGGGAUGGGCCUUGGGGAAGAAUCUUCUCUGAAAGUGUCUGUGAUAACUGGGAAGUCAUCCUAAGCUAGAGAAAUCCAGCAAUGAGCAGGAGGAGGAAGAAAGUGAUGGCAGAGGCCAUUGUGUUACAGUGUCCUGCAGAGGGCUGUCAGUGAUGGGGCGUUAGGGAAGGCCACGACAUAGUAAUCACAGCUUCCUGGCUUGCCAUAUGCUGGCUUUUCUCCUGGGACCAUUGGUCCACAGCAGGAGCUCUUUGCUUGAGUUGCUUGGGGGACAUGGGCUCUCCUGGGGAGAAAGUCACACCUGGCCAUGAGGGAAGAUGCUGAGCAUCAUUAGCCCUCUUGUCCUGUCUGCUCUGGAGAGGAGCCUGUGGGAAUAGUCCUGUCUGGGGAGGGCAUACCUACACAUGCCAGCUGAUUCUGACUCUGAUCCUGUCUGGACUUGCGGCGGGGGCGGGGGGGGGCGGGGGGGGGUUCUGCAGAACAAGUAGGUUGUCGUCCAGACUUGAACAUCUUCAGGAAGAUAGAGACUUCUGCUCACGUAGGCUUAGCAAAAGGAAGGGUCUCUCAUCUCCAGGCCACAUUGAUAGUUCUUCCAUUGCCCUAAGAGGCUAGGCUGACCCUCUCGAAAGAACUUAGACAGCAAAGCACUUCCUCCUGUAGUUGGGCUCUGUCACUUUUCUCUUCAGUUGGCCGCAUUCUUGUUUCCUCUAUCCUGCUCCUGUGCCCUGUGUGCUCGGGCUGUGUGUGUGGGUCUUUCCCUGGUGGAAGGAAGCCCAGCUGUGUAUUGAAUGUUCUUCAUGUGCUGUGUGUGACUCAGAAAGCCUGUCACAUGCCCCCUGUGCUCUGAGCCUUGAGGGCGGGGAGGCGGCUGUUGCAUUGGAGUGCGAGUAUUGGAUGGCCCUCUUGAAAAUACAAUUUUGCCUUUUUGAGUAUGCAGUAUAAAGUUCCCAGCACCUAUUGGUAACACAGGGUUUGCUGGUUUUUAAAAUAAUACAGUAAGCAGAAAUAUGUAAGGUUUUAGAAUUGGUACUAGAAGUUGGACGGCUAGUUAUUAUUCUCGAGAAGUUGAUUUCACUAGAAAAAUACACUAAUUGGAAAGCAGUUUUCAGGAGUUUGAUUUUCAGUCUGUUAUUUCAGCCUGUUGAGUUCUUGAUGGCACACCUUUGGAGAGAUGGCCAGAACCUCAUACCCAUUUCAGGGGCAUCAGACUGUACGUUUUUCAGAAGCUCCGUAGAUCUGUUCAUCUACCUGCCAUCCUGGUUGAACAGCCAGAAAGAGAAGGGGACAAGGUGUCUUUUUCUACUUCUCACUGGGGUGACAUGAAUUCUUUUUAGUGAGUGGCUGUUUGCAAAUUCUAAACUAAUAAAUAACAGCUAACAUGUUCAACCUAGUAGUGAUGAGUUUAAAUCUCAGUUGACAGGAAUAUUUUAGAUAAACAGGCCCAGUGAUUCAGUCGGUGAACUGUGUAUCUCCUUAGUUAGAUUUGUAAAUGUUGAGUGAAUUCAGGGUUAUAUGCAUAGUUCUUUAAGUAAGAUUCCGGGUAGUUGAUUUGUAACCAGCAGUCUACCUAUGAAUGUAUUCCAAACCUUUAGAAGGUUGGAAAAGUUUUUUUGAAGUAAGGAUUUAGUUUUGUAGGAAAAAAACCCCCUUGGAAAUUAAUUCAGUUGACCCAGUAAUAUUUUUUUUAAACGAUUGGUGGGUCCAAAAGGCCUGUCAGCAAAUAGAAGUCCAGAUUAUCUAGUGGGACAUUUUGAAGGUUUUAUGUUGAUUUCGGGUCCACUGUAAACUUUGCUUUGAACAAGAAUUCGAAUUUAAAGAAUUUACCAUGACUUAAAUCUUGACCGAGUUUUUGCAUUUUCAUGGUGGUAUCUUCCAGGUAUGAACGAAGCAAGACUUUUUGAUUGUGGUACUUCCCGCACCCCUGUAGUGCCAAAAGCAGUGAUACUUUAUUUGCUCCUAUGGCAGCUCAUAGAGAUAACCGAAGUGAUGUUUCUUCAGUAGUUGAAACACAUAAUCUCUAAAUGCCAGUGUGUGGCGACGGGCCCUGCACUGCCUUCCAUUUCUCCAGGGCAGUGUCUGGAUUGUCCAGGGCCUAGGCAGUUCUGAUAACUACUGUAAACCAACCACAGGACACUAAGGCAGUGUACACACAGCUCUGUGUGUGUAUGCAGUGGGCUAUAUAAACCUGGGCUAUGCUGGACGUCUGUAGAAAAGUAUUACAUUCGCUUGCACAGUUUACAUUUUUGAGCUCACAGUUAUGAAAAAUACGACCCACGAGUUAGUUUUUCAGGCAGGCGAGGUCGGGUCUUCUUGCAGAUGCGUGAGUUCUGUCCCGAGUCCUCGGAACUUCUUGUUGGUUGGGUGUGGGCUCAUUCCCUGACUCUCCUAGUCACGUUCGCAUCGGAAUGUUAGCAUUGUAAAUAGAAGAAUAGGUUGUAUAAUACACAACACUUGAACUUUACUUUAAAAAAAUCGAUAGUUCUACAUAUAUAUUUAGUUAUAUCACCUGACAGAUUUCUUCUACACAAUGUGGAGAUUGUUUUAUACCACAGAUUAUUUUUAUAAAGUUAGUGAAUUUGAAUGAUUUUGUAAUCAGAGCUGAUGAGCUUUACCUUUCAAGAGAAACAUACACUGGAGCAUGAGUGGUGUGGAACUUUCACUUAGCGCUCAUAUGGAUUCCUGCGAUACACUGGCAGACUGGAGUCAAUUUGCGGGUCUCUUCUGGCCAAAACUCCACUUGUGGUUGUGUAGGACAGUGAUACUUCAGCUCAGCUUGUGGAUUGGGAGGAGAGAGGGCCAGCAGUGUUGUACAUUGGUGCUUCUUCCUGAGGUUUCUGUUGAACAAAGGGUUCCGAGGUCAAAAAUUAGUUUUUAAGCUCCUGCCAUAGGACAUAGUCACGUGAGAGUGUUUGGGGGAACAGAAAUUGUGUAGGGGUGCAGAUUGGGGUGGGGUGGGAUGAGACGUGAAUAAGGUUCGGCUACAAAAACUUUGAAAUGGGAAUCUGUGGUUUGAGGAAUCCACCAAAGUGGAUUCUCUAAGGUCACAUUAUCUAGGGUGGGGGACAGAAUUACCCAGUUGAGUAAUUGUUCAGAAACGGGGAGGGCGGUGUGUGGAUGCAGUGAUCCAAUUCGGUGGAUGGCUGCAGUGAUCCAAUUCGGUGGACGGCUGCAGUGAUCCAAUUCGGUGGACGGCUGCAGUGAUCCAAUUCGGUGGACGGCUGCAGUGAUCCAAUUCGGUGGACGGCUGCAGUGAUCCAAUUCGGUGGACGGCUGCAGUGAUCCAAUUCGGUGGACGGCUGCAGUGAUCCAAUUCGGUGGACGGCUGCAGUGAUCAAUUUGGUGGACGGCUGCAGUGAUCCAAUUUGGUGGACGGCUGCAGUGAUUCAAUUCAGUGGACAGCUGCCAGGCACCUUUUGUCCUCGCUGGUCAGGGCUCUUUUGGAGGUGAGAAUGAUUGGGUUGGCUUGCUGCUUCCAUCCAUGCAGUCGGCCAGGAGUCCAGAGAGGAAGCUCAGAACCCGAGUAACAGCAGGACAUCUUUCAGAUAGCACCAGAGUUUUCCUGCUUUUCUUAGGAAGUCCAGCAUCACUGCCACAGUAUGGAAAGUGCUCUUCAUUUUAGCCUAUUUAUUGUUUGGCAGAGAGUGGAUGGUUAUUUGUGUGGGACUUUUGGUGGUGAUAUAUUAUGAAUAAUUAAGUUAAUGUCUCAUAUUGAUAAUGGCCCGUCCUGAGGCCCAGCUGAAGACCUGUCCCCCAGACCCUGCCUGCUGGCUUCAGGCUGCUGCUUCCAGACAGAGGUGCACUGGAUGGGAGGGAUGGUUUUAUCAAGAGAAUCCCUAAUGUGUCAUUUUAAACCAGCUGUGUUUUAUUCAUUCUGGUUAAGCGUAUAGGUUCACACUUUGCCCUUUUUAUACUUGGAAUGAAUUUAGUUACCGCAGAUCUAGUAGCACCCCAGAAACCAACCCCAUCUGUUUCCCAUAAAAAGAACAUGUUUCUGCUCUCCAGCCACGUGUCUUGGGAUGUAAUUCUGCUGUGCCUUUGUUUUUGUCACUCUUUCCCCCAAAAGCAACUGCUGUAAGCUUUUUUCUACUUGUCUUUUCUAGUCCCCAGCCUCUACCUUUUUUCCUUUUUCCCAGCUCUAAUUUCUGGAUGCACUUCUGUGGUCCAGGUAUUUUAAGAACCAGUUACCUCAGACCUCAUGUUGAACAGUGUCGCCAUCUGGGUCCUCUUGAUACUGCAGACUUUUAACGUACAUAUGCAGGAACCCUGCUGAGCGUGGGCACUUACUUGUAUUAAAGCAAAACUCUUCCCAAGGAAUGAGGAAAGGGCUUCUGGCAAGCUCGUCAUGGCACUGUGGUGGGAUGGGUCUAGAGUGCCGUCUGAAUGGUGCUUCCUCUGUUCCUCUUUGAAUUCUGCCAUUUUCAGUAUUCUCGUGUGUCUGAAUAGGCAAAGCGAUUUAAUUGGCUGGUCUUACACGCAAAUUAGUUCCAAAGAUAAGCUCUUUGUAACACAUUUCCAGUCGCUAAUGCUCAAGUGUAGAACAUUCCUUUAAAUGGCAGGAUAAAAAACCCACCAUCCACCAUAGUGCAUUUUGGGAAGAUUUCUGUAGCAUAUGUUGCUGUGAAAUUAGGCCUUGCGGGAUAUGGCUGUUUGUCAUUUUGAUGUAUUUUAAAUAAAUAUAUAUAUUUUUUAAAGAGCCUUUUUUACCAGUUCAAAAAGUUUAAUUAACCAGCAGUCACCACAUCUGAAUUUUUGUCUCUGGGGCAUAGAUGGCAGACCAAGAUUAAAAGUGGUAACUCAGCCAUGUGAGCGUGGGCUACCUUCCUGGACUGUCCUGCUGUCCUGCAGACCUGCUGUUCCACAGACCACGGGACACAGGGUCAGUGUGUUCCCAGUGAGGGGCCCAAGUCAGUGCUCUUAAGUGUUUGGUCUCUGCCCCAUUCCGUGGACUGUUGACUUCAGUCCCUGCAAGUGCUUUAGCCCGAGUGGGGUUUUCUCAGAGCACUGCCGCAAGUUAAGUGUGUGUUUAGCCAAAUAAUUUCUCCAUAAGGGAAAAAUGCAAUCACCCAAAUUUUACCAACAAUGACAGAGAUGAGAGUAGGAAAGAUGAGGCAACAUCUGCGUUUUACUUUGGAAAGUGUCCAAGUCAUCAUGAAAGGCCGUCUGGAAGCAAGUGAUUAUUAGAGAUUCUUUGGGAGACCUCAUCUGAAAAUGUUAAGACUGCCAGUGAGGGAAGGAAUUGUUAAAAUGCCAGCGGCUUUUUUCCUCUUUUUUUCUCUAAUCUGUAAAAAUGCAGAGAAAGUUGAGUGGUACUUCAGAAUUGAGGGAGAGGGUUACCGCAGAGUAGAAACAUAUUUCUAGAUUUCAGUUCCACACCACAAAUCCACAACAAUGCCAUUUUUCAACUGUACAAAAGAAUCUGCUUAUGAACUUGACAUGAUCUUAAUGGUAGUGUCAGAGGCCAAAUUUUUCACCUGUUAAUAUUUUUCCACAUUUGUCCUUGAAUCUGAAUAUACAGUACUGUAAAUUUAACUUACAUCGAGUUUGAUGUCAAUUCUUAUGAAAAGAGCUUUCUGCAUGUGACACACAUACAGUUAAAGAACACAGCAGAGUACAACAUUUGCAGGCACAGGUUUGCAACCAACAGAAAACGUCACCUUUUAUUUGCCAUCUUAUAUAUAUAUCAGUUUUACCAGCUACUUCUAAAUUUGUACAUUAUUUGUAAGGGAAAGAAGGAAAACCCUAAGACUUGUCUAACUUAGUGGAGAAUGUGUGUGUUUGGGCUUAGGAUGGAUAGCUAAGUCUUAUUGAGCUGUGUUACCUAACUUGUAUAUAAAAAUUGUAAUUAAAAGUUUGGGUUCAGCUGUUUCUCACAGUUUAAAAUGAUGAGUACUUGCAAACUCUGGAAAUGUGACUAGUGUAUCAUUUAAGGCUGUAGAAGCAAGGAAGCUCUUUCAAGUGCUAAAACUAAAGACUUCUAGUUUUUGGCUCAAAUUCAGUAAGUACUGUUUGCAUACCAGGAUAUGUGAGAUGUAAAUGUAGUAGGUCACUUUCCACCCUUGUAGCUAUAAAAUAAAAAUUUUGUAGAACAGAAAUAGCUUGUACUACUGAAUUAACAGAAGUUAUACUAAAGUUCUUGUUUUAAAAAAUAUAUAUAUACAGAGUUAAGCUUGUUGCUGUUACCCUGUCUGGAUUUGAAAAGUGUGCUGAUUUAUAUAUAUAUAUAUAUUACACACACACACACACACACACACGCACGCACGCACACACUCUAAAAUGGCCUAAAGCAGACAUCCAUGUAAUUACAGUUGCAGAAUGAAAACAUUUUGGAAAGAACAUUGUAUCAUAGUUCAUUCAUUUGCAGUGGAUCUUUGUUCCUUUUUACUGUGGUAAUUUUAGAAAUGAGUGUCAAGUUUGAAAUUAGAUCUGCCAAGUUGGGGUUUUGCUGCUUGAACUCUGCACUGGGUCCUCAAAUAAACCGAUGUGAAUGUAGUUUUUUCCCCCUGUGUGAAGAAGCAGUCACACCCCAACAAUAGGAGGAAAAAUCUAGAACUAUUUCAAGUUUUAUCUUUUUGUAUAUGAAAAUAAAAUAAUAAAACAA